AUGUCGUCGAACCUGAGGGCAGUCCACGAGGAAUGUUCGGCGAGGCCGGGGAAACGCGAGGCCGCCGUCGGUAGUCCUCCAGCGCGGCCGAGCUCGUCUUGUACAGAUGGGGCUGUGGCGUCAACGCAUGCCGACACAACCCCGACUUCUGCGCGAGAUGCAGAUGCAAGUCCACAGUUUUCUCUCGAGCCGUACGGAGCAGGCGAUUUACGACUUCUCAAGUUCCUGGCAGACGGUCGCCCGGUCUGGGAAGCGCCGCCGGCGCGCCCACCAGGCGGCAUGAUUGCGGCAGAUGCGGAUUUUUUCUUCCCAGAACAGGGCAGUCCCCCCGCCCCAGGUCGCAGGCCUGAGGAACCCACUCUCGAGGCGACGCAACUGACUUCGCCUGCGUCUCCGUCCCUUCUUGCCUCGUCGCUGGUACGGGCGAGACGAGGCGCACAGGCGGAACGGGCGAAUGCGGAGGAGGAACGGGCGAAUGCGGAGGAGGAACGGGCGAAUGCGGAGGAGGAACGGGCGAAUGCGGAGGAAGGACACGUAGAGCUGCCUGGGAGUGACGCUGCGAGUGUGCGCGCCGAGGCGUUUCGCGCCUACCUCGAAAAGGCUGCGAGGGCCAGCGCGGCGUACCCGCCUCUGGAUCUUUUGCAGCGCGCCGAAGCUCUCUGCGUGGAGGCGGAUGCACGGCACCAGGAGCAGCUGAAGGCGUCGGAUCCGUGGGUCAAGAACAAGGGCGCAUGGGACGAGGCGGUCCAGAAGCGAGACGAAGCCUCGAAAUGGUUGUCAGGCGCAGGGAUGCUCUUCGAUCUUCUCCUCGGCACGGCCAACGCAGCUCCGGGCCAGAGAUUCCUGCGGCUGGUCGAGGCGAAGGACGAGGUCGACGAGGAGGAAAUGUGGCAGAAGCUGCUGAUUGGACUCCACGGCCGGCGCGAGAUGUCUCUGGAGCUCGAAACGCAGAUCGCCGACGCGCGACACCAGAUGCUGAGGACUCCUGCGGGGUUGCCUGGCCAACGGACGUGGGUGAACGUCCUGCGCCGGUUGCAGACCCUGCGCUGGGUUCUCGUGAAGAAAAGGUACCAAGACGUUGAGUUCUCCCAGUCCGACGCAAGCUACCCGUACGUCUCUGAGGUGUAUGUACACCUCCUUCAGAUCCCCUCGCGCUGUUGGGGAGCGAUGGUCAGCACGGUCGGGUGCAGCCUACCGCUGCCGCCUCCGCGCGUCUUUGGCGACCACUUUGUUCUGCUCAAGGCGACUUUGAAGGACCAAACAGACGAACAGACCACGGCGGGUCGCGAGAAUGCGGCGCCGCAGCGACAGACUACGUGCCCGUGGGGGUUCGUCUUAGAGUACGACGAACAAGCGUCAGCGGCUGUGGAAACAAGGUCACUUCUGCACAUCAACGUCCGUCCGCUGCUGUCCUCUCACCUCCUCGCGGGUUCGUCGACGCGUUUCGCAUCCCCCGAAGCCUCCUCGUCGCCGCCGUCCUCUCUCUUUCCGAGGCCAUCCACUUGCCUUCCGUCUGCGGCAGGCCUGCUGGUCGACGAGACUCCCGCUGUGAGCAGCCCGCCGUCGCCGCUCUCCGACACAGAGACGAAACAAGAAGCGGAAGUGACUCAAGUGGCCAAUGCUAUCCACCGACGUCUGCAGAAAGCCCAGUGGUGUCUGUUGGACAGAUGUUGCUUCCACGUGCUCGCAGCACAGGCAGAGCGCAUGCGCGUCCUCGGCGAGCGAAGCGCGACCGCCGUUGCGUCGCGAACGUCAGAAGGCCGCUUCCCCGGAGGAGAGGACGCGAAUGGCAGUAACGUGGACGCGGAGCGCCUGAGGAGGCGAAUUACUUCCGAGUGCCUCCACGUCGACUCAAAAAGAAUCCGAAUCCUUCUCCGAGGCGUGCCCAUGUCCCCACGCUACAGUGUGCAGGCGCCCGUGGCCCAGGCCUCUGGCGAAGGAGGGGAUUCCACAGAUACUGGACGGAGAUCCAACGGUAUAGGGAACGGUGUAGACGUAGCAAUGAGCGACGGAGCCGGCACGUCGGAUAACGCAGCUGUCCACAGCCACUCAGCCUUGCCACCGGAGAGAAGAAUCAGCAGCCCGGGCUGUAAGUGUGCUGUACAUACACUCGAUUUCGUGGUUGACAUAGCUUACUUGCCUUCCGAUGUGGACGGCCAGCGACGCUGGGAAGAAACGGGUGUUCGCACUUCAAAUUUAAAUCAAGGGACAGGCGCCCAGAGCAGCACUGUGUUCGCAGAGGACGUGUCUAGGACCGGGUGGCGAGGAACUGCUAGAGGGUCAGAAGGCAACGUGGAGCGGAGGGAAGGAAACGCUGAGGCUCCUGCACAUUCCACUUCAAACGUUGUGAGACAGAGAUGCAGCCUUUGCCGGUGCUGUAGUGUUUGCUUGCAUGAAGCGACAGGAGCACUUUUCGAGCAAGCACAGAAAGUUGCGGUUCUUCAGCUUCGCCAGUUUUUCCUUGAAACUUGGGAGUACGAGGCCUUCGAACAUCCCAAGUUGUGUGGGGAGCUCGCAUUCCCGCCGCCUCUCCUCCACUUCGCUUCACCGGUGGGGGAUGGCGCCCGGGAGGGCCCGAGUAAGGCUGGGCGAUCCGCACCGCUUCGCGGGGAAGAUUUCCUCCUCACCUUUGUGAGUUGGUUAGCGUCCGAAGGCCUGGACUUUGUAUGA